AUGUCUUCAACCGAGCAUCAUGCCGCUAGCAACGACAAUCGUGCCAAAGAGAGCACUAUAACCAAGCCCAGUGAAGGACUGUGUGAAUUCGCCCUCGACACCGAUGACCAUGUCACCGUGGACGAAGAACUCGCCGAGGAUCAAGAAAUGGAAGACAGCUACGUGUUUGUAGAAGCCGACUACCAUUCCUACACCGACGUCGAAUCUUCUGUCGCCGAAGGCUCGAGUUCGGACUGUGAGCUAUCCGAGCGUGAAGAGGAGGGCGAUGUAAACUCUAAGAGUGACGCUAAGAAGAUGGAAGACCAGAAUGGUGGCGUCAGGAAGGGAUUUGUCAAAGAAACGGCGGAGAAGAAUACCUCCAAUGUUGAAGGCAGUGGUGGGAAAGAUAACGGGGAAGACCUGCCCAAUAUCGUGAAGGAUUAA